AUGUCCAUGGGCGGCGAGAGCAAUAGUAGCGGCGCUAGCAAUACGAAUAUGGGGGAGGACAUCACGAAUGACGACACGAUCGUGGAAGAAAGCGAGCCCGUGCCACCACAACGUAAGCGACUUGUACGUCGCGGUGAGGUAAACUGCCGCUGGUUGUACAACCAAGUACAGGCGUCGCGUGGUAUCAUUCUUAUCGAUACAAGGUCAAGAGAAGAGUAUGAGGAAGACUCUAUUCCUUCAGCCAUCUCAAUUCCUCCUAUGCAAGACUGUCAGUCGCUAGAAGACGUGGAAAAUGGACUGCUUGACGAGCAACGGUUUUUAUUCUCUAGUAAAAAGAGAAAGUUACGCGAUGUCGUGCUCUUUGGAGACACAGUCAAGAAAAUUACAGUAGAAGAAGCUGAUGACUCGAAGAGCGCUCAAUGGCUAAAGAAGCUCGAGAGACUGAUUGUCGAAGACGCUCUCGUGACUAGUGUAAAGCUUCUUUACGACGGUUUCCUUACAUUUAAAUACCGAUACCCAUUUUACACAACUUCUUCACUACUGGACAAGAUUUCAGGAAAACUUAGGCGAACCAAGAGCGGAACUCACAAUCUUAACUACCCCAACGAGAUACUCGAAGGAUUUCUCUUCUUAGGAAAUAUGUGGCAUGCGCAGUCCAAGCAGGUAAUGUCUCAUUUAGGAAUUACGCACGUUGUAAACGCUAGCCUGGACGUGGGCAACACGUUCGAAAGCGAUGGUGUCAAGUAUUUCAACGUCACCAUAAAGGACCGACCGGAGGCAGACAUUGGGUCUUAUUUUGACACCGCGUUCAAAUUUAUUGAAUCUGCGAAGCGUACUCAGCACGGUCGAGUCUUGGUUCAUUGCACACAGGGUAUUUCGCGCUCCGCAACACUCGUCAUCAUGUAUUUAAUGCGCGCCAAUUAUUGGUCACUUGUCACUGCAGUAAAUUUUGCUAUGGCUAGCCGCGGUGUCGUCUAUCCAAAUCAAGGAUUCGUUAAGACUCUUAUGUUAGAAGAAUUUCGACUCUACAAAGGCAACAGUAUCACUCUUGAUGAAGUUGAUACGAUGUUGCAAAAUCAAAUUCCUGAUCGACCUGUCCCGCUGCAGGUGCAUUCAAACAAAACGGAAAAUUGUUCGCACUGCCGUAAAAUGUUUUCGCUUUUGGAGUGGAAGCACAAGUGCAGUUACUGUCGCAAAGCUUUCUGCAGCAAGUGUACGAACACACGACUGGCAAAUCCCGAGCGCGAAAAGAGUGCUGCUAGUAUUGGUGCGAUCGAUGAGCAACGACCCCGUCGCGUGUGCCAGGUGUGUGUAAGUAGGUUAUGGCAGAUUAAUUUACCGCGUUCUCGCAAGAGUUUACAGCCUCGCAUGCAACGUUGCAAGCACCUGAAUGUCAACAGUUUGUCAACAUUUGGACGCACUGUGUGCAUUUCGUACUACGAAGGAACUGAGCCGCAGAUCAUCAUGGAUGUGCUUAAGGUCCGCUUUGGUGUCAAGGAGAAUCAGAUUGUUGAUAUAUCUCGGGAAGACGGCGAACCUAUUCGCACUAUGGAGGAAAUAGGGCGGCUGCCAGACGAGGCCGAAGUCUUUGUGUCGGUGGGUAAGGCAGGCAACAUUCAAGAAUCCAGCCAACGUGGAACAAAGCCGCAGCUGCAAUGGUCAGCGUCAGCUUCGCGUUUAAUGAACGGUAAUCAUCGCGCGCGUUAUCACCAAGAGCGACCGCGUCCCCAACAUAGACAAGAUUUGCAAUCACCGCGUGAUCAAAUUAUACUUGAGUGCAGCUCGUCGGACGGAGUCGUCGAAACACAACAAAUGGAAACCUCCACAUGUCCUUUAAAUUCCACUCAGACGCAGUCGGUACAAAUGGACGAGACAUGGAAUGUCGAAGCAAGUAUGAAAACAUUUUCGAUAGAAGAUCCUGAAGUUGCUGAACGAAAAUUUCGUGAAUUGUGGAAGCUGUCAUUCCCAUCUAUGGGUCUCAUUGAGCGAGCUGCUUUACUCAAAAUAAAGAGACCAGAGAUUCUUAUGGACGUAAUGCUUGGUAUGAGCAGCCUCUCGUGUGGCGCGUUGACGCUCCAGGAGUUUAAUCAGCGUCUCAUCGAGCUGGGCUAUGCCGACUCGGAUCGCCAAGCUGUGAUCUCGCUGCUAGAUAGCACAACAGGAGGAACGGGCACUUAG